GCAGGCACGGCGUCUGUGUACCAUGGGAACACACGCUACCGGAGCUCCAUUUGGGUUGAUACUGUGUUUCAUGCGCUAAUACUGCGUGUCUGGGGGUAAUCAGGUCACGUGUGAUCUUCACAACACACACUGACCACAACGGCCCCUUCCCGAUAAAUUCCCUGUCUUCAUAUCACUCAACAUCUGUGCGUGCUGCAUGGCACCUGCGUGACCACCACCACCUCCCCCUUCUUUCUUUCAGACGGUCUCUGUGUCUCUAGAGCUCUCUAGAAUGUCCUUUCCUCUCCAGAAUGUUCUCAGGGCCCCUCACUAAGCCCUCUGCUCUGGGCUGUGUCCCAGGGCCCAGUGUUCCUGAGCAUGCCCUGCAGUGGGCGCAGAGCUGCAGGAGCCCAGAUGGUCGCAGCCCUGCCCCCUACAUCCUGGCAUCUGUCUCUCCCCAGCCCUGCAGUGGGAGCAGAGCUGCAGGAGCCCAGAUGGUUGCACUCUUGCUCCCCACAUCCUGGCAUCUGUCUCUCCCCAGCCGUGGCUCCUUCCUCGGCAGGCGGGAGCUCUCAGCCCUAUGCCAUGAUGUCCAUUCUCUCUGCUCUCCUCUGCCUCGACCCUCUCCCAGGGCUGAGUAUGGGCCCGAGGACCCGCGUGCAGGCAGGGAUCCUCCCCAAACCCACCAUCUGGGCUGAGCCAGGCUCUGUGGUCCCCCAGGGGAGCCCUGUGACCAUCUGGUGUCAGGGCACCCUGGGGGCCCAGUGGUACCAUCUGGUAAAAGAGGGAAGCUCAGAGUCCUGGGACAGACAGGACCUACUGGAGCCCGGGGACAAGGCCACGUUCUCCAUCCCACUCAUGACAAGGCAGCGCACAGGGACAUAUCGAUGUUCCUAUCACAGCCCCACUGGCUGGUCAGAGAGCAGUGACUCCCUGGAGCUGGUGGUGACAGGAUUACACAGCAAACCCAGCCUCUCAGCCCUGCCCAGCCCUGUCGUGACCUCAGGAGGGAACGUCACCCUUCAGUGUCACUCAUGGCAGUCAUUCAAUGGGUUUGUUCUGACUGAGGAUGGAGAACACAAGCCCACCAAGACCCUGGAUGCACAGUGACUCCCUGGUGGGCAGCGCCAGGCCCUGUUCCCCGUGAGCCCCAUGACCCCCAGCCGCAGGUGGAUGUUCAGAUGCUAUGGCUAUUACACGUUCAGCCCCCAGGUGUGGUCCCGUCCCAGUGACCCCCUGGAGCUCCU